AUGCACGCGCUCACAUGCAAGAGGGUCCUCGACCUCAAGCACACACUGUACACGUGCGCACACACUUCCACUCUGUCCUCUAGGGGUGCUGUGGGCGGCGGCGGCGGUGGGCGCGCCUUUGUUCGCGCCGGGCACGGGUGUGCGCCCGCCGGCCCCGGGGGCGCGCUCACCUGCCCCGAGUCGGAGUUCUUUGUCUGGGUCUUGGCCCGGCCUGCCCCGGGUCGGGGCCUCCCAGACAAAGCGCGGCCGUCGCUGCCACCGUCCCUGAGGACACGCCUCCAUCAGAGCCGGAGCCCACCCGGACCUCCCACCAACACUGGCCCCAUGCCUGGAGUGGGGACCGAUGUGGCUGCGCGCACCCCAUCACGCCCCUGUAGCUUCAGGGACUACCCCGGGAACUUACAAGCGUGGCUCUGGAGCCGCUCGGCGCUGCCGCCCGGGGCUGUCCGCCAGCCCCGAGGGCGCUCACUCCUGAGAGGAAACCCCGCGCUCGGGCUCAGCGCUCCUGGCAGCGCGCCUCUUGCCUGCGCCGCUGAAGGGGCUGGAGCCUGCACCCCGGAGCUGGGCGCCUGGGCUCCUGCAGGUGGCUGCCGAGCCUUCGGGGGCGUGGCCGGCCCGCGCACUGGGCGGUGGUCCGCUCGGAUGGACUUUUCCCGGGUUCUACGGCGCCGCCUGGUGGCUCUGGGAGCCCAGUGCGCCUGUCGGGUGUGGAAGUGA